AUGGCAGAGUCGGAGGCACAGAAAGAAAGAGAAAGGCCGCUCACCUACUUCGACAUCACGAUCGGUGGGAAACCGGAGGGGCGCAUCGUCUUCUCACUCUACGCUGAUCUCGUACCAAAGACUGCCGAGAACUUCCGUGCCCUCUGUACGGGUGAGAAGGGGGUUGGCAACUCCGGCAAACCACUUCACUAUGCUGGUUCGGGCUUCCAUCGUGUUAUCAAAAGGUUUAUGUGCCAAGGAGGGGACUUCACUGCUGGCAAUGGUACCGGUGGCGAGUCCAUUUACGGGGAACGUUUUGAAGAUGAGGACUUCACCAUGAAACAUUCAAAACCCUUCCUACUUUCCAUGGCAAAUGCAGGGAAAGACACUAAUGGCUCGCAAUUUUUCAUUACCACAGUCCCAACCCCUCAUUUGGAUAACAAACACGUCGUUUUCGGUGAAGUCAUCAAGGGGAAGUCUGUCGUUCGUGCCAUCGAAAAUCAUCCGACGGAUGGAAAGGAUGUUCCUACUGUAUCCAUUGUCAUCUCCGCGUCUGGCGUGCUUUCUCCCGAUGACCCCUGCUUGGUAAACGCGGGUGCAUCUGACGGAGACAUAUGGGAAGACGAGGCUGUAGACGACGAGACCGGCGCCGACCAAGACCCCAAAUUAGCCCGCGAUAUUGCAGAGAAAAUUAAACAGAUCGGUAUCGGUUAUUUCACGGGUAAAAAGGCGGGAGACGGCACAAUAAUUGAGGCACCACAACCAGACUUGGCCUUGCAGAAAUUCCAAAAGGCACAGAAGUACCUUCAGCUUUUCACUCACGCCGACUUACCAGAGGAUUAUCCGGAUUCGAAUGGAUACCGUGUCGCCUAUGCUAAGAUGAUGCUCACAACCGCACAAGCUGCUCUGCGCGUGCAGCCACCCGAUGCUGCAAUCGUAUUGGAUAAUACGAAUCAGGUAAUAGAGGAAUACUUGGAUUUGUUAGAACCAAAGUUCCAAGGUUCGUCAUUUUCUCGUUGGUAUCCUACACCGAGUGACCUCUACCCAGCAAUGGCAUACUAUCGCCGUGCAUUGGCACACAAUUUGCGUGGAGAUCAUGACCUCGCAUUGAAUGAUCUCGCGGAGGCCAACAAGAUAUUCCCCGACCCUGGUACCCAGAACGAGAUUACUAGGAUCAAGGCACACGUGAGAGAGAUGGAGGAAAAAGAGAAGAGACGAUACAGGAAGAUGUUCUAAACUAGACGCCCUUGGACACAGAAGAAGUAGCAUACCUUGUACAAUAACUAAUAACGCGAGUUAAUGAAUACCGACAUCUAUAAAUCAUUGUUGAAGCUGUCUAUGCUAAGCAAUGAAAUAGAGGAGGAAGUCGCGUUUUCCGAUAGGUGAUACCCUGGGAAAUUCUCCGGAUGGGUCAUCUCGAAGUAAAAUAGGUGCGAAGAGCAUGGCUGAACAGAUGAGUCAAAUGGAAAUGACGCCGAAAUCGAUGCAUACCAAGAUGAAGAGCUUUGGAACUGAUGCUCCGGGACCCAGCCUUCCCCGACGCGGAACCUUGCUGCCCGACGUAAUGCAGGAAAGCCGUC